ACAACUUGAGAAUCCUUGUCAUAACAGAGUCUAUUGCAACACUUAUUUAUUAAAUGCAACAGUUAUUAAAUUCCUCCACUUUAUUAAAUCCCUCUAAUUUUUUCCACCUUAUUUUCCUAAACCCGCAAAAAACAAAAGGUUACAAUCUCUUUUUCGCCACUUUUCAUUCACCCACUGAAAAUCAAAAGACGAGAAGCUUCAGUACUACUAUACCCCUAAAUUUCUCUCACUAUACUCCAAUUUUCUCUCACUGUGAAUACCUAUCCUGCGAAUUGGUUCUGAAAUUACAAAGAAAUUACAUCUCAAAUUAUUGCUCAAGAUGAAAUUGCCCACCAUGAUUCUCCUAUCUGUUGUGAUGCACAACCGCUGAAGUGUGUAUGCUAUCAUUCGUCACCUUAAUACGCUUAAAGAGAGGACUAAAUUGUUGAUAUUUCUGAGAAAAUACUGGGGGUUUAAGAAAAUCAGAGAAAAUUUGGAUUUUGGGGGUUUCUUCGAAUCUGUGAAAUCUAAAAUAUUCUAGGGUUUGUGUUCAAUUGGUGACAUUUUAAGUGAAGAAACAACUUUGAAGGUUAGUAUAUUUGGAUUUUGUUAACAUUGAUAUCUCUGAGAAAAUACUGUAGAUCAGACAUCCUUAGGUGGUCCAAAGAUCUAGGUAAAGGUUUUCAUCCUCUUCUAAUAUUUUUAGUUGUUGUCUCACUAAGAAUGCUCUACACUUGAUGAGAUAUUGGGAUGCUAUCCUUUUUACUCUACAGGUACACGGACUCUUUCGAGCACUUGAAGAAGAAAAUAAAAUAUGUGCAGAUUAUUCCAGUGGUUCUGAUAUAAUGUAUGCACUAUAAGACUUGAAAAUCAGAGUUGAGAGAAAUCUGGCAAAGCUUAGUCCAAAUCAUAGAAUUCAGCUUAGUUUAGGUGAACCUGGGAUUUCCCUAUUCUGUUACAGAUCUGUGCUUCUUGAUGCCCGCAAGGACUUUAGACCUUUUACAUAUGAUUAUGUUGUGUUUCUUGUUCCAAAGGUUUCAGGCUCGAGCUUGUGAAUGGUUGUUUUCUUUAGAAGAAGUACAAUGGGUAGUUGUUGAAAGCUCCAAUGCUGCUCGUCUAAUAAUGAUUUUCUUGGAUUCUAGCCAUUCGGACGCCAGUACGGAAGAUAUCCAGAAAGAUCUCUCUCCUAUGAUAAUGCAAUUGUCACUGGGAAAUUUUGAUGAUGAAGCUAAGAUAUCCUAUCUUGCUGUUGAAGCAAAAGUUACUGUUGUAGCACACGAGCACAUGUUACCCAGAAUUGAAGCAAGCAGUGGUCUUAGCUUUUGGUGUUACUCGGUAAGUGAUAAAGUACUAUCACUAGAACUUGACCCUGACCUGCUUGCAUUUUGUGCUCGUUCUUGUUUAUCAGAACAAACUGAAGGUUAGUACUUGUUCUAAGUUUUUGUCUCAUCUUCUUCUUCUUCGACUUCUGUUUGCUUGUGAAAUUCUCUGUUAUUUAAGUAAUGUUCAAUACUUUGUUCUGGUUGCUGAAAGUGCCAUUAAUAGACAGUACCUUUCCCCCGUUCUUUAUUGUGCAAUCUACAAUUUCCUCUCUAGAACCUCACGAGCUGCAUUAGUCUGUCCAAGUACGUAUAGACCUAGCCUUUCCAUGUCUAAACAAACCUUUUACAUUGAUUUCAUCUGCUAGAACCUGACCGGCAUCAGAGAAUAGAGCUCAACAUUACUAACUUCAACACUUGUAAUUUUCUUCACCAAAUAAUGAGUUUAAGGACACAGAAGAAGAUAAAUAAAAUGAAUUUUAUAAUUCAGUCACCCAACUGCUGGCAUGGGUGCAUUUAGUCGAAAGAAAUUGGGCGACCAUAUUAACAGUAAUUAGAAAAAGGAUCCCAAAACAUGUAAGUAGAUUAGUUUAAAGUCAAACAUGUAUUUAGGAAAGUUUUAGGCAACUUAGUCCUACUAUAUGGUGGAUUUGGUGUAACUACUUGCAAUUUUAUUUUGAUUAAGUUUUGUAGUGGCUUUAUUGCUUAAUAUUUGUCUUGUUGAGGCAUUUGCAUUUGAAAAAGGUCAUGUGCACAGCGACAACAAUGUGAAACAAUCUUACAUUGAGGAAAACAUUGACAAAGAUUAAUGGCACGGAUUUUUUUCUGUAGGUGGAGAAAAUGAAGCGAAUGAGGAGAACAUUGAAAAACCUUAAGAAGAUUUUAGAUGGUUUUUGUAACUUGUUCUAGGACAUUUUUGAAAUCGACAACACAAUGAAACUUAUGUCGUAAUUUACUAUUUUCUAGUUUAAUGGAUAUUGAUUACUAUGGAUAGCUUAUAUUUUGGAUAUACAAUUUUGAUGAUGAACAUUGAUAACUGUUUUGUAAUUCUUAUUAUUGCUUUGAUCAUGUAUUUGACUUUAUUGGUAA